GUAGAUUAGACCUUGCAUAUCAGAGCCGUAUCAAAGCUCAGUUGCGUGGAAACAGCGCGCUGGUCGCCGUCGCCGCUGCCAUGUUUCGUGCAAUUCCAAUAUUAUAAAGCAGUGAACAAGUGUCUCCAUUCAAAGUUGAAAUAUUGCAAUAAUUUGCACUCAGCAACGGAAUUGUUAAUAUAGGAAUGGUGCAAUAGAGGAUGUACAGUGGAAGUGCAGUGCAUACGAAAAUAACUAAAUCCCUCUAGUUCUCCAAAUAUUCCCAUCCUCCGAUUUGUGUCUGAAACUACCAGUGCAGUUGAUAAACAAUAUAAAUGUAUAACUCCUAUACAAAUGACCAUUCGGACAAUUGCAGCUGUUACAGCAUAAUGAAUCCAUCACACUGGUAUAACGCACCGAUCCCCGUAUCCCAAUACAACUUUAUUGUGGAUACGCCACCUAGUAAUAGUCGGGAGAUGAGAAAUAAGGCUGAGAAGAUGAGAAGAGAUAAACUGAAUUCUUAUAUAUCGGAGUUGGCGUGCCUCGUUCCGUUGAUAUCCAAGAGUCCGAAGAGGAUGGACAAAACUAGCAUACUUAGAUUAACGGCAACCCACCUUAGGAUAUAUCAGACGUUACUGAAUGGCAACUCGGAACGAAUGGAUAUGCCGAGACACUUCGACCAAAUGGUGCUGGAAAAUUUAGUUUACGAACAAUUACGUGGAUUUCUGUUGAUUCUUACUGGAAAUGGAAAGGUGGUGUUUGUAUCACAUACUGUAGAAAAUAUUUUAGGACAUGCACAGACUGAUUUGAUGGGUCAAUCGAUAUUCAAUAUAACAGCACAAGAAGAUCACGACAGGUUUCGAAUGUACAUAACUUCGGAUUCGAUACCAGAACGGGAAUGGAGGAAAUACUUCAACAUCCGUCUACGAAGGGCAGGUCCUCGAAGCGAGAGUCCCGUUUACGAAUCGGUAAACGUGAUGGGAAUGCAAAGGAUGACCAGCAUCAACCAGACCCAGAGUUCGCAGGACAGUAGUAGUAGCAAUUCGCGUGAUGUUUCCUCCCAGUCUGUCAGUAACGAAAUGUGGGUAUUUUUUGUGAGAUUGUACCGGCCUGAGCCUAUAUCAGAUCAAUUAGUUGAAGCCAGUAAAGAGGAGUACGUGACACGGCAUCUAGUCGAUGGCAAGAUCAUUAAUUGCGACCAACGGAUCUCAUUCAUCGCCGGGUAUAUGAUCGAGGAGGUUUCCGGAGAGUGUGCCUUCAGUUUCAUGCACCGAGAUGAUGUCAGAUUCGUUAUGAUUGCUUUGAGACAAAGUGAGUUUACAGCUGACACCUGAAUACAAUCUAGCCAACUACUUUUUUU